UUCUUCCUUUUUUUUUUUUCUCUUUCUAUAUUUAGAGAUAUAGAGAUAUAUAUUAUAAUAUAAUAUAUAUAUUGUAUAUAUAAAUACAAAUAGACAUAUACCAACAAUAUAGACUAUGGGUGCCAUUUGCUGUACACCUGAAGAAUUAGACUUUGGAAAAGAAGUUGAACUUGCACACUUUUAUCUCUUACGUGUGAUUGGUAAAGGUGCUUUUGGCAAAGUUAGAAUAGUACAACAUCGUCAAACUGGAAGGGAAUAUGCGUUAAAAUAUAUCAGUAAGCCACGAUGUAUAGAAUUAAAUGCUACACAUAACAUCAUAGCCGAACGACGACUUUUGGAAUCAAUAGAACAUCCUUUGAUUGUCAAUAUGCGGUAUGCUUUUCACGAUGAAGAAAACCUAUUCAUGGCUUUGGAUCUCAUGCUAGGUGGUGAUCUACGGUUUUUAUUGGAUCGCUAUGUCACACUUAAGGAAAUGCAAGUACGAUUUUAUAUUGCUGAUAUUAUUUGUGCUUUGGAAUAUUUACAUCGACGAAGGAUAGCUCAUAGGGAUAUUAAACCUGACAAUAUACUUUUGGAUGAAAAGGGUCAUGCUCAUCUAUCGGACUUUAACAUUGCAACCCAAUUCUAUCCUAAUAAACUGAUACGAUUCUCUCGAGCUGGUUCAUUGGCUUAUAUGGCUCCUGAAAUUGUUGGGAAACAAGGCUAUUCCACUUUUGUCGAUUGGUGGUCACUUGGUAUUACUGCUUAUGAAUUACUAUUUGGCAAUAGACCUUUUACAGGAACAAAUAGUGAUGAAGUAGUACAUUCUAUAUUACAUGAUAAAGUAUCGUUUCCUCCAGACGCUUUGGAAUUGAUUAGUCAAGAUUGUUUGGAUGUAAUCAAAGGGUUACUAAUCAAAUCACCAAAUCAACGCUAUGGAUGUGGUCCUAAUGGUAUCUCAAAAUUGAAGAAACAUCCUUGGUUCAAUGGUUUAGAUUGGCAAGCAUUGAUAGAAAAAACAGCAAUUCCACCAUUCAAACCCAAUACGGAUGAAUCCAACUUUGAUGCAGUACAUGAACUUGAAGAGCUAUUAUUGGAAGAAGUACCAUUACGUCCUCAUAAAAAAUUGGUUAAAACAAGUAUGGAUAUUCCUCAACCAGAAACAGAAGAAAGUCGACAUCGACAAUGGAUGGAUGAAAAGUUUUUACCCUUUGAUUAUACCAAAAUCGGCAUUCGUGAUCACAAUCUUUCCUCCAUCACAACAACAGCUACAACGACACAACUAACAUCUUCAUCACCUGCAAAAAUAGAAGGGGUAUCAUCACCAAUGGAUAAUGAAACUACUGGUACAGGAAGCAAAGGAAUGGCCGGUACUAGACUAUUACGGCGAAUGGGAAGUGCUCUGGAUCAAUAUGAUCAACAUAAAUACAAAGCAAAAGGAUAUGUACUGACACCCAAUGAAGAUGAUGGUCCCUCUAGUAUAUCUGAAACCGACAAGUGUUUAUAGUUUAGUCAUAUAUAAAUAGAAAAAAAAGAAAUAGAACUACUACUAAUAAUAAAACAUCAUUUUAUAUUCAUUUUUUUUUUACAUAUAUUUUGUGAUUUUAUAUUCCUUUUUGUUUGUUUGUUUGUAGACCCUGAUCAUUCAUCAAAAGGGAGUGAAGGACCAAAAGAGGGAUUCAUUUUAUUUGCUAGAUAGACUUGAAUCCAUCAUAAUAAACGUCAAAAAAUAAAAAAUGAUGAAGAGGGGAAGUAGGAGGAAAUUGUUUAUCCAAUAGAUAGCAAAAGCUCCUUUUCUUUAAAGAGGGACAUGAGGAGAUGUUGGUUACUUUCUUUUUUUUUUUUUUUUUUUGUUAUGA